AUGAACACACCGAGGGCGGCGCCGAAUACAGUCCGACUGGGGCCCGAAGGACAGCUUCUGGGAGGGUCCCCGCCAGACAUAGUGGAAUACCUAACGUCUCCACACACGCUCGACUACACACUCAUGUCCGACUUUUUUCUCACCUACCGCAUGUUUAUGGACGCGACGGAGCUGCUGGGGCUUCUUCUGGGGCGGCUGGAGUGGGCCAUUGGGGUACAGAACGAGGUGAACAAGGCGUUACGACAGAGCCAGAACGCGCGCAACAGUGAGAAGGGGAGAGACGUAUGCGUCCGAACGUUUGUGGUGCUGCGGCAUUGGGUGCUCAACUUCUUUGCAGACGACUUUGUGCCCAGCCACACGAUCCGAUCCAUGUUUGCAGACACUCUCAACCGGCUGAACGACUCUAGCAUGGUCCAACAGGACGCCAAUUCACAACGCAUUGUUUUCCAGCUCAAGAGCAUCUGGACAAAAUCAGUCAGCAUGUACUGGAACGUGCCGCAGGAUCUGGCCACCAUAUACAGCGGAGGGCUUGUAGGAGAGAAGCUAGUGGUCGAGAACAAGAACGCCAACCAAAGACUAUCACUUAAACAACCACAUGUCAGACGGAAGACCAUCCUGUCUCUGUACCAGGACAUUCCAGUUUACAAUCCCGAGACGGCGGAAGGAGCCAGCAACUCCGGGAAUGAGUCGAUACCUUCCAUUUGGACCAAUUCUAGUAUCGACGGAAUUGCAGACGACGACCACCCCCUGAAACGAGGACACUCUACGAUCAAUGGACACAUCAUUCGAGGAGGAAUUGCGGCUCCCAGGAAUGCAGGACUCACACUAAUUCAACCACCGACGCCAAUUAAGUCGUUCAAGACCGCAGAGGGAUCGCUGGUAUCGUCACCAGAGGUCAAGGACAUUUUGCAGAAGAAGGAUGCCAGAUCACGCAGCACACGUCAGAGUCUCAACAUGAAACUGGUGCGGUUUGCCACGAGACUCAUAGGCGAACAUGAGAUGGAGGAGCUCAGCAGAGAACACGUGUCUCCCCGAGUCACAGAAAGCAUUUCUCUGGACCUGAGAUACGAUGUGCUGGGACAGAGAGUGUUGCAGGAGCUGCGCCAUCUGGUUGAGAGCAAGGAGAAGCAGCUGAACAACAAGGCCCAGAACGACGAGGUUUUCGAGGGCUUCACGUUUGCCAACGAGGGUAACAACGGGAGCCAAACAAACGAAGUAGACGGUCUCGACGGUCAGGCGGGCCAGGAGGAUAAUUCAGCCGGAAGAGAGAGCAGCAAGUCGUACGUUUCAUACACUUCAUCAUUGGACUUUGAUUUCAACCUGGUAUCCACACCCCAGAAGUCUCCUACUCGGCUUAAGAAGCAGCAACGAUACUCGAAUCUCAACUUCAACAGUCCCACCAAACAGCCCCGAAGUCCCACCAAGGAGAACAGAGGCAAGCUCACGCCCUCGUUCAUCGAGGCCAUCAACUACUCGGUGCGCAAUUCCGAUGUUGGAAACGUGACAGAGUCGUGUGGCAUGUUUGGAGUUGAUGCGGAGGCUGUGGCUGGACUAGCUCAGAUUCCUGACGACACAACCGAAGAAGACGCCAUUGUGGCUGCUCUACAAAAGUUGGAGGGUACCUAUGUGAAGGGCGAGAAGAAAAAACAGCGAACGAAAGAAGGAGACGUGGCUCAACAAAUGCAGGAUGAAGGUAUUGAAGACGAAAGCAGGGAUGAAAAUGACUUGCAGAACUCCAUCAUUGGCCUGUAUGACGAUGAUGAAUCGCUUGAUCCGUCCAUGGUACAAAAUGUGUCUGAUCUGGACAUUCCUGCUGGAUUCAAGCCCAGUAAGAGUCUUGGACGAAGACCCAGUCCCAAUCUCAAUGUUGAUGUCUCUGGUGGACCCUCCGACUCAUAUCUUCCCGAUGCCAUCGAGUUUGGAGCUUCAUCCAUUCCUGAUCUCUUUUCCAACGGUCGUCACUUGCCCUUCAUUCUAAACUACGAUGCUGAGACUCUAGCUCAGCAUAUGACCCUGAUUGAGCGUGAUUCCCUUGCUGAGGUGGACUGGAAGGAGCUGAUUGAGGCUCGAUGGAACAAGAAGCUCGAGCCUGUUCAGUCGUGGACCUCGUACCUUGUUGCCAAAACCAACAUUGGAGUUGAUAUGGUCAUUACACGGUUCAACCUCGUGGUCAACUGGGUCAUCUCCGAGAUUCUGCUUACAAAGCGACUGGCUGAGCGGAUCUGUGUUGUGUCCCGGUUCAUCCACAUUGCGUUUCUGUGUCGAGAAAUGCAGAACUUUGCCACUCUCAUGCAGAUUGUGCUUGCCCUGUCUUCCAGUCACGUGUCUCGUCUCAAGGAGACCUGGCAACACAUUUUGCCUCAGGACAAGAAGAUUCUGGCCGAGCUGGAACAAAUUGUGGUUCCCCUGAAGAAUUUCCACAAUCUCCGGCAAGAGUUUGUGUCCAUUGACCCCGAGAAGGGCUGUAUUCCAUUUGUUGGUCUAUCUCUCUCCGAUUUGACGUUCAACAAUGAGCGUCUCAAGUUGAGCGAGAAUGGAGACGUCAACUUUGAGCAGUACAAGACGUCUGCUUCCAUCGUCAAGUCCUUGAUCCAGUGCAUCGAGUGGUCCAAGAACUACCGGUUCCAGUCUGACGUGGACAUUGUAGCCAAGUGUCUUUACUUGCAAUGUCUGACCAGUGCGGAGAUGGACCAGUGUUUUGAGUAUCUUGUGGAUCCCUAG